AUGAAGCAUUCAUUUUUUUACGAUGCAUACUUGGUUGAUAAAGAUACUAUUCAGCAAGUUGAUAAUACAGAUGAUAAUGAAGGUUUUCAGGAAGAUGAUUAUGAUGCAACACAAAUAUUACUUCAAACUAUAAUCAGAAAGAUACAAAAUUUAUUGAAUGUCAAAAUUUGGAAAGUUAAGCCAGAAUUGUCACAAACAAAAUCACAUUUUGUAGUUUUGAUGGCAGAUGGAAGUUUUUCUUGUACUUGUAACCUUCUAAUAUCAUAUGGUAUUCCAUGUAGAUAUUUUUAUAGAGUUCUUAGAAAGAGUUCACAAGCAAAAUUUCAUAUUUCUUUAAUAAAUCAGCGCUGGUAUCAAGAUUCGAAGUUAAAUAUUGAUGAUAAAGAAAUAGCUUUAUUAAAUAUUAUAUCAAUUGUUGAAGAUCAUAAUUCUUCAGCAGUAAUUCAUGAAGAAAUCAAUUUUAAUUAUAUUCAUCAUGUUCGUGAUGAACAAGUUUAUACAAAAAAGCUUCAAGUAAUCAUUUCGGCAAAAUUAAAAUAUGGAAAAGCAUUUGGUUUCACAAAAAAGGCUUUAGACUUAACACAAAAAUUAGAUUGUUAUAAUGAGUUGAAUGGGUUACUUCAAAUAUAUAUUGAAGAAAAGCAACAAGAAUUACUUUGUAAUUAAACAACUGAUGAAAAUACUGCAGGAAAUCAACAAGAAAAUAUUGAAUGUUCUAAUCCAGUAACUUCAAGACG